AUGAUGAGCCUCACAACAACGUCGGCGUACAUAGUUGUGUGGUUACUAUUCCAACAAUGGUUUAUAUCUGUAGUACAUUGUACACCAUACGAAGCAUAUCCGGUAAGUAAACAAUUACCUCCUGUUGCUAGAGUUGACGAAUCUUUCUCAUUCGUGAUAUCGAAUGACACUUAUAAAUCUAAUGUGGAUAAGACUACACAGAUCACAUAUAAUGCUUAUGAUUUACCGACUUGGUUAUCAUUUGAUUCAAGUUCUCGUACUCUUUCGGGUACACCACCAUCUUCGUUUGUAGAGGAUGCCACUAAUAACAUUCAAUAUUUUACUUUUAUUUUACAAGGGACUGACACGUCAGAUAACUCUUCCUUAAAUGAAACUUAUACUCUUGUGGCUACUUCAACUUCAAGUAUCUCAGUGGCUGACAAUUUCAAUUUAUUAGCCCUAUUGAAAAAUUAUGGUAAUACAAACGGUAAAGACGCAUUGAUAUUAACACCAAAUGAAAUUUUCAAUGUUACAUUCGAUAGGUCAUCUUUCACCAACGAAGCAUCGAUUACCUCCUUUUAUGGCCGUACAAAAGAGUAUAAUGCACCUUUGCCAAGUUGGUUAUUUUUUGAUUCUAAUACUCUAAAAUUUAGUGGUACUGCUCCAACUGUUAAUUCCGCAAUUGCACCAGAGUCAUUCUUUCAAUUCACAUUGAUUGCUACAGAUAUUGAUGGAUAUACUGGCGUUCAAAUUCCAUUCCAAUUAGUUAUUGGUGCUCAUCAAUUGACUACCUCAGUGCAAAACACGAUACUUAUUAAUGUGACUGAUGCAGGAUCUUUUACUUACCCAUUACCUCUAAAUUAUGUAUAUUUUGAUGAUAAUGUCAUUACUUCCACAAAUUUAGAAAGUAUCGUCUUACAAGAUGGUAGUCCAUCUUGGGUCACUCUAACCAAUGAUACUUUGACUGGUACCCUAGAUAAUCAAACAAGUGGUGGUAACUUUUCAGUUGCCAUUUACGAUAAUUACGGUGACGUGGUUUAUUUAAAUUUCGAAGUCCUAUCUACAAAGGAUUUAUUUGCCACAAAUUCGCUACCAAAUAUCAACGCCACUCGUGGUGAAUGGUUCCAAUACAGUUUCUUACCUUCUCAAUUUACUUCCUAUGAUAAUACUAAUGUUUCAAUAACAUACCCUAAUACUUCACAAUCUCAUGAUUGGUUGAAUUUCCAACCAUCCAAUUUGACUUUGUAUGGUAGCGUUCCAGAUAGUUUUCAAUCUUUGAAUGUAGGUGUUAAAGCAGAGUAUGAAUCACAAACUCAAGAGCUGGAUUUCCAAGUAAUUGGGAUGUCUAAAGUUUUGCAAAACACUACCCAUCAUAACUCUACCAACUCCACUACAUCAUCGCGUUCUUCAUCCUCGAGUAUUUCAACAACUUCAUCUAUAUCGCAUAGUAGUACAUCUUCUACAUCAUCCUCGCCAGCUACAGCAAGUUCCUCGGCAGUUCCUCAAAACAAAACCCAUUCAAGUAACAAAAAAACUGUAGCAAUUGCUUGUGGUGUUGUGAUCCCUGUGGUUGUUAUUGGUGCUUUGAUUAUUUUACUCUUGAUUCUUUGGAGGAGGAGAAGAAACAAUGACAAGAACAAUGAAAAUUCUGGUAAGGAUAUUGAAAAGUCUACAGGUCCAUCAGGUAAACAAGAUAUUAAAUCUCCUGGCACAAUCACUGCUAUGCAUAAUCCAUUUAUUGGUGAUGAUGAAUCACAAUCUGGUUCUGAUCUUUCAAGUUUGAGAGAAGAAAAAUUGGGUCAUCACUCAUCAAACGAAUUAUCAUCUAAUGGGAAUGUAUUUUCGGAUGUGUUCGAGUCACAAAGUAGAGAAAAUCUGCUACCAGAUAAUCCAGAUUCUAAUGCACACAAGAAAUCAGCCUUUUUUAACCCAUACGAUAGAUCUUCAUCAUUCUAUAUGGAUGCCGAACCUGUUAACACCAAGUCAUGGAGACAUAAUUCUACUGGAGUAGCUGCUGGUAAUAGACAAAGUGCACUAUCAUUGAAUACAGUCACUACAGCAGAUUUAUUUAAUACAGAGAUCAAAGAGGAUGAACCAAUGAAAAAGGAUCCAAGAAAAUCUUCACUGGGCCUAAGAGAUUCUGUUUUUGGAACAACUAUCCCAGUCACUUCAAAUAGAAAUACAUUAUCUCCUUUAACUGAACACACUGAUGUUAAGAGAGAUUCAGAUAACGUCACUGGUAUACCUAAUUCAAAAUCUUUUGGUACUGAAUCAAAUUCUUCUAAUGAUGAUUUUAUACCUGUAAAGAAAGGAGAUGAUUACAAAUGGGUUCAUAGUAACGAACCAAAUAGAAGGCCAAGCAAGAAGAGGUUCGUUAAUCUCGUAAGCGAAGGUAACGUAAAUGUCGGUCAAGUUAAUGAUAUUGAAGGACAGGAACCUGAGAUGAUAUGA